GUGCGCCUUGGAGCCGCUUUCAAAAGGCAAGUUGCUUCUCACGGCAGUAAAAUAAAUCACUGAGCGGUAUGGAGGAGCAGCAGAAACAAUGGAUGAUUUUAUGAUGUGAACACACUGCCUGACUGAUGCAGAAGAUGGCCACAUUAUCCUGACUGAUGACCAGGAAGCAGCCAAGCAGGAGGCUGCAGAGCUCUUUGGAGACUCCAUCGCUCCCAGGAAGAAAAAAAAGAAGUCCAAAAAGAGUUCUGCCGAGACUCCGCUGGUUGACAUUGAAGAUGCAGCGAGUGCUGAUGUAAUCGUUAUAGACCCACUCGAUGAUACUCCUCUGACAAGCAGGUCAAAAAAGAAGAAAAGGAAGAACAAGAAGAGGGAGAGGAAUUUAAAUGGAGAAGAGGAUGAGAAGAAAGGGGUGUCAGAAGAGUCUCCAGUAGCUACACCAAGGAAGAAAGAAAAGAAGACAGAAUAUAUGGAGGAGGCAGCAGAUAGUGGCUUCUCAUCAGAAAACAAACAGAAAAAGAAGAAGAAGAAGAAGCUUGAAGAUAUGAUGGAGGAUCAGACUGAGGAGAGAGGAAUAGAUCAGGAGAAUUCUGUGAAUUUGGCAGAGAAAACACAGAAAAGAAAGAAGAGAAAAAGGGAGGAGCUGCAGUUUGAAGAAGAACCAGCAGAGGGCGAGAUUGAGACAAAAGCUAUGGCUGGCAGCAACUUGCCUCUGCUGAUCUCUGCAAAGAAGAAGAAACGUCUCCGAAAGAUGCUUAGCCAGAAGAGGAGGUUAAAACAUGAGCAGAGGGGGAUGAUGAUGAAGGCACAGAGUACCGGCCUCUGGAUGGGAAGAAAAAAACAGAAACAGGAAGAAACUGACAAGUUAUCUCAACCGAGGAUGGGAAUAAACAAAGAGCAAGAAGAGAGUUCAUCAAAGGAAAACCAGCCUCCCAGGAAGAAGAAAAAAGGAUCAGUAAUAAGCAUCCAGGAUGCUCCUGUUGAAGAAGAAACUACAGUUUCAGAGAAAAAGAAGAAAAUAAAGAAAGAAGAGAUCUCACCUCCUGCUGAUGUGACAGAACCUCCACCUGCAAAGAAAAAGAAGAAGGACAGAAAGAAGAAAAAACUGGAGGACACAGAACCUGCUGCACAUGUAGCUCCUGCUGUUCCUAAGAAAAAGAAAACCAAAAAGAAGUUAAACUAGCUAGUCCAGGAUUUUUGCACGCCAAAGAUUGCAUCGUUGGACCCAAUUGGUGCCUUUUAUCCUCCUCAGUUACUCUGAGAUGAGAGGAUGUCUGGAGCUACAGUUUAAAGCUUCAGGAGCUGAAGAGACUGGUGAUGGGUUCAAUGUUCUAGACCCUAAAGACUGUUUUCACUGUUAGAUUUAUUAGUUUAUUAUCUCUGGUGAUUCUUUAGAUUUAGAUUAGAUUGCAUAAUCUCACACUGUGAUGAAAACGAAGAGGUGCUGAUGCAACCUGUAGAUAUUCUGAUGCCUGAAAAGAUUCAAUACGCUGUUGAGCUUUUAAAAAAAGAAAAGCACUUUGGGUUUAUUGACCUACUUUUAGCAAGUUAGGAGAUCAUUUCUAGUUAUUCAUCUUUCACUUGUUAAGAGGAGCUAAAAUGUUGGAGAAGAAGACAUUCCCAUGGAAUUCAGCUUUAAGAGGGAAACUAUUCAGGUUUUGAAUUAUAAUGUUAAAACUGAUUAUAUUUCAUAUAAAGCUGUGAAUUUGUGUUUAGUUAUAUAGAUGAAUGCACUUCUAAAGAUCCUGUUACUGUCAGGGACAAGUUUGAGGUCCCCCCACUUUAAUGCUAUUAGAUAUGCUACGUUUAUAAUUGAGCCUCUUUGAUAAGGUGUUUGGCAUCAUUAAUAUUCCUCCAAGUAUCAGGUCUAAGCCUGAAAAUAAAAACAGUUGCUUUAAAACUUAAUCAGUUUUGACUUAUAUUUGAAAUCUAUCUGGGAAAUGAAAAUUAACAUAACGUCACGUGUAACAUUUGGUAAGCAAUAAAGUAUUACUGAUGUUUAUUUGCAUGAGCUGUGCAACAUGUUACCUAAAAAA